AUGGCAGCUGGUACCCCACAGAAGAGGAACCGUAGUUCUACUGGCACUGACAGUUCCUCCUUAGACUUUGAGACUCCUGUGAAAAAAAAGAUGAUAGGCUUUUCUGAAGGUCUGUCUCCACUCAAGAAACCAAGAAAUAAUUUGUCUGCUUCUGAAAUACAAUGGUCCUCUAGGUCCAGCGACGAGAUGAAAGAAAACCAGGCUGUCCCGGUGAGGCCAGUGCUCUCAAGGAGGCUGGAUAUUUCACCCCUUCAGGCAGCCAGUGUUCCCACAGCUGUGCAGAGCGAGUCCUCAAGGAAAUCAUCCCCAAAAACUGCUUCCUCGUACAAGCUCUUUGUGCCUGUGGUGUCUUUUUAUAGCAAGGAAAAGCGCUACCUUACUCCUUACGAGAGGAAAGAGCUGAACGAGCACCGCCCUUUGGGUGAGAGGAACAGGGAUGAAGAUCUCCCAGCUGCCAACAGAACUGAGAAGAUAAACAUGAGCUUGAGCAGGAAUACAAGCUUGAAGCCACCCAAGCAUACAACAAAAUCCAAGCAUGGCAAAACUGUCCCCAAAGCUCUUAAGAAGGUAAAGCAAGAGACACCAGCAGAAAAAUCCAGUGUGGAGAAGGAGCAUGUGAAUUCCCUAGUUAAAAAGAAGAUGGAUUCACCCUUCAGAGUCCUAAGCAUGACAGUUAAACCAGCCCUGAAACUCCAGCUGGGAGCAGCUUUCUUCAAUGCUGGGAAGAAAUCGCACUCUAAAAAGCCAGUUAUGGACACCAAGUCUCCCCUGUCUCAUCCCAAAUCUCUGCAAGAAAACAACCAGCCCAGACCACCAACAGCUACAAAGUCCAAUUCAGCUGAUGGAAACAAAAUUGCUGAGGCAGGUGGUACAUUGAGAAGUAUUUCUGUGCCUCAGAAGGAGGAAAAUGAAAACAGGGAGGACUCUACAAGCUAUGUAAAUAAAGAGAGAGAUGCAGCAUGUGGUGGAAAAGCAUCUCUCUGGAGAAGCAGAAGCACUUCUGGUCCAUCUUGUGCUUCCAGGUCUGCAGUUGAAGAAGAGAGCAAUGCAGAGAACGUGGUUAACCAGAAACAUGGAGUGUUUGAAAAGGGAACUCAGCAACUUCCUUACUACAAACUGAGCGCAGACCAAGAUGCUGAUGAAAUCAGUUCUACAGCCUGUGAGUCGGAUGAUGGCAUUAUUCCUUCAAGCCAGUCUCCACAGAAGGUGAAUAAGCAAGCAUCUCCUUCAAAGGCUGUCGUCUACCCGAUAUUCAGCUCACCUCUAACCAGCAAGAAAAGGACACAGGCUGCGCUGGAUGAAGCGACUCCUCCGUUUGGGUCCAGCCCACCUGCACAAACGCCUCACACAUCGCAGAAAAACAAGAAGGCAAAAGAACUCUGCAGGCACUCCAGAGACCAGAUGAUCAUAGAUGCUGGUCAGAAGCAUUUUGGGGCUGUAGUUUGCAAGUCGUGCGGCAUGAUCUACACAGCUGCUAGCCCGGAGGAUGAAGCCCAGCACAUCCAGCACCACAAGAGAUUCCUCGAGGGCCUCCGAUAUGUGGGUUGGAAGAAAGAACGGGUUGUGGCAGAGUUCUGGGAUGGGAAAGUUGUAUUGAUUCUUCCAGAUGACCCAAAAUAUGCCGUCAAGAAGGCAGAAGAUGUGCGAGAAAUUGUUGAUAACGAAUUGGGAUUUAAACAAGUUUCUUUGAGGUGCCCAGCCAAGACUAAAAUAUACUUGUUUGUGGCCAAUGAGAAGUUGAUUGUUGGGUGCUUAGUGGCUGAAUCCAUCAAGCAG